AUGGGUCCGGUCACUCUUUUCAUUCUUUUUCUCACAAUUUCUUAUGUCUCCAUAUUACAAAUAAACUCAGCCAUUGCAAUUAACCCAAGUGGGUUUAGUUUGAAGAUCAUCCAUAGUGACUCUAAAGAGUCACCUCUGUAUCCAGGUGAUCAUUUAACACCAGAAGAAAGGUUACAAAGACUCGUCCAACAAUCAAAAGAUCGAGCACGUUAUGUUGGAUUACAAGUAUCAAGUUCCAAUAAAACCACAAACUCGAUAAACCCCGAUGCUAUAAGCAUACCCGUGUCUUACGAAGGUGUAGGAGCAUUUUAUGUUGCAGAGAUAGGAAUAGGUACUUUUCCUCCGCCUCUACAAUCUUACGAGAAAAACUACUUAAUUGUUGAUACUGGUAGCGAGAUUGUAUGGACUCAAUGCGCAGGUGCUCUAAUUAAGUCUAAAUAUUUCCAUCAAGACAAACCCUUAUAUCCUGCAGGAAAUUCAAGAACCUAUGAACCUCUUCUUUGUCAGGGUCAUCACCCUCUUUGCUUCCCAGGAAGAUGUGAGGCAGGCAUAUGCACUUACUUAGCAUCUUACCCAUCGACCGCAUUUUCGAGGGGUGUUUUGGCUAAAGAAAAAUUCACGGUAAAUUCAGAUGAAACUUUUGAUAUUAUCAUGGGUUGUGGCUUUUGGCAAAAUGGUUUCGAAAAACAAUCUAUCGGUUCUGGUUCUAAAAGAGGGAAACAUGAUCUUGUUACUGGAGUACUCGGUCUAGGAUCGGGGCCUAGGUCCCUUACAAGUCAAUUAAAAAUAAGCACCUUUUCCCACUGUCUGAAGCCAUAUUCUGGUUUUUUCACAGUUCCAACCACGUACUUAAGGUUUGGUUCAGACGCGACAAUCGGAGGUGGAUUACUAGGAGCAUCCAAAACUCCCCUUGUUGCUCCUCCGACUGGCCUCGGUCCAUAUUUGUUGAAUUUAGAGGGUAUUAGCAUAAUGGGGCUUAGAAUCCCCUUCCUUGGAAAAAGUGAUUUCGAAUAUGAUCGGCGUACCGGAAAAGGAGGUUUUUUCAUAGAUUCAGCGACUCCAAUCACAGUUAUGCACAGACCACAAUAUAAUAAAGUUGCAGAUACGCUUAUUGCAUAUUUUUAUGCGUUCGACAUUUAUUGGAUUCCAUUAUUAAAACACGGUAAUUUUAAGACUUGUUUUCUGAUACUUAACAAGGAGAUCCCGUAUCCACCUAUGACACUUCACUUUGAAGGCGCGGAUUUUGUACUCGACAAACCGGAGACUAUCUUUUCUAUCGGUCUUCUUGAUUUUUGUUUAGCUAUUAUUCCAUCCGACGCGAAUGUAAACAUUCUUGGAGCAAUGCAGCAAGCUGACAAAAAGAUGUUGUAUGAUACUUCUGAUCUGACACUCUCAUUUGCUGCGGAGGAUUGCUAA